AUGGUUGUGCUGUUAAGCGUGGCAUGUGUGGUGGCAGGUGAGGCAGAACAAGAACCGGGUGAUGUUGCUGAACUGUCUCAAAUGAAUUCGCAUCCUUCUGUAGGUGCUGGAGGUAUUCCUGCUGGUGAUGGUGAUGCAUGUAAAACUGAACCGACUGGUUCAGAGUGUCCUCGUAUCAGUAGUGAACCCGAAGUUCCUCCAGCUGAAUGUGUGGGAUCCACUGAAAAGAAUGGUUGCAAGCCUGUUGAUCUUAACACCAAAGGCAGUUGCCCUGAUGAUUCCAAGCCAUCUUGUCCACCAAAGGCAAUGCAGGAAGUGGGUCCUGCUGAAGCAGAAGAACAUCGUGUAAACACUAAUAGCGAACAUUCAGCUUCCAUUGGUCCAGGUGUUCCUGCAGAGGCCGGGGAUUCUGAUUCUAACGUAGCACGUGAAGAUAGUGCUGAAGCACGUCCCGCUGGUACUCCCGGUGAACAACCUCAGGGUCCUCAGGCUGGAAAAGAAACUGAAGCUUUUCCUUCCCCUGCUGCACCUGAACCUGUCGAUAAGAGUCCUGCUGUACCUGUAAGUAAACCUGAAACGGAAAGCGGGGAUAAAAGUUCGACAGAUGAAAGUGCAGCUGAAGUGGAAGGUACCGAAGCACAACCUUCUCCUUCUCCCACCAAUUCAACCCAAGAGAAUACCGGUGAUAAUAAUGCAAAUGUUGAGAAUGGUAGUACUACUGAAGGAAGUGCGUCAUCAAAUAACCCAGCUAAUGAGGAAUCAACCUCAACCACCACCACCACCACAACAACAACAACACUUCCUCCUGAACUCACAAACAACAAGAAGGGUGAUGCAGACAGCAGCAGCAUUAUCAGCAGUUCUGUGUGGGUGCGUGUACCACUACUGAUUGUGGUUACACUGGCCUGUAUUCUUGUGUGCUGA